AUGGACAGCUCCAACAGCGCUGCAGGGCGCAUCUUCGCUGAAAAGCUGGCAGAUAAAAUUCCUCCGUCUAUUCCAGAAACAUCGACUUUCCCAGAUCACCUAAGUGUUGAUACAGAGUCUGCUGUCCGCAAUAGUGCUUCUAAUCCAUCACUCUCGCUGGCGCGUACGGAUGGUCAGACAACAGAAGAGAAUAACUCCUCUCAACGCUUCGCUGUAAAGUCUCUUCCUGCUUGGAUUAGCUCAGUCGAAGAAACCGCACACGAUGAAGAUGAAGCCACAGUAACCGAUCGCCUACUUCCUUCCCAGCCCAACGACGCUUUUGUUGCUCAGCAUAAUCACUCACCCUAUGCAUCAUCCAAGCCUAAGUCCUCUCAAUUAGCUACCAAUGGUCUGUUUGAGGAUGACGCUACACCUGUCAACCGUGAAUCGCGCUGGGUAACAUUCUCACGGACGAUCCAAUACCCCCGGGAAGCCGGUCGAGAGGCAAAACACGUUACCUCAGAAUGGUUGAAUGAAAACCAUGGUGAUUACCUGCAGCCAUGGCGAGGCAAACAUCUGGAAGGUGACAGUCCGGAAUAUCCACUCCACAGUGGAGGCCGAAGAGAAAAAUGGAUCAAGCGCUUCAACAAUACACUUCUGCGGAGCCCACUGGUACCAAUGAUCCUUCGGAUGACUGUUUGGUGCUUCUCGCUCUCUGCACUGGCUCUCGGUGGAUCUAUUCAGCACAUGUCCAACGAAGGCCAUCACCCUCAAGGCCCAUCUGCCUUAAUGGCAAUCAUUGUCGAUGCAGUUGCGCUGGUAUACCUCUUAUACAUCACUUUUGAUGAAUAUACUUCAAAGCCGUUGGGUCUGCGCUCUCCUUCGGCCAAAGCACGGCUCAUUCUCCUCGACAUCUUCUUCAUCGUUUUUGAUUCUGCCAAUCUAAGCUUGGCAUUUGCUUCUCUCUCGGAGGUCACGGGUUCCUGUACCGAGGCCGAGGUCAAUCAGGUAGUCGAUCCCCGAAAUGAUGGGAUUUGCGUAAGGCAAAAAGCACUUGCAUCUGUGCUGCUGGUCGCACUUUUGGCUUGGCUCAUGACUUUUUCGAUCAGUGUCCUCAGGCUUGUUGAAAGAGUAACACAGUGA